AUGAGCAAUGACCUGCGCAAUCUGAUCGACGGCGAAGCCGAGCUUGAUGAUGAGGAAGAUGACGAGUCCUUUGCUUCGGACGGAGGUGGUGGCUCCAACCGACGCGACAAACCCGCGCCUGUCGAUGAUUCAAGCGAGGAGGAAGACGAUGAUGAUGAGGAAGAGGCCCAAAGGAUCCGCGAGAACUUCAUCGUCGACGAAGACGAGGAUGAGGAAGAUGAAGAUGACGAAGUUGCGCGCAAGCGCCGACGGAAGCGCCGACGUGCCGAGCGCGAAGAGGAAGCCCAGCUCGACGAAGAAGAUCUAGACUUGAUUGGAGAAGCUCGCCCUGACUGGGAGCACAAGACCGAAUCCCAACAAAAAUUCAAACGACUCAAGCGCGGUCACAGAGACGAUGACGAUCGAAACAAUCGAAGCCGAGACCUCACACAGAUAUUUUCCGAUGAUGAAGACGUCGACGAGAGGAACUACGGCAGUCGCCCCAGCCACGGGGGGCCGGCGGACGAGUUCGAUGACUUCAUCGAGGAGGAUUUUCCGGAGGAUGAGGAGGAGCGUAAUCAGCGUCUCGAGGACAUGGAAGUGGCCCGCCCUCGUGAUCGUGGCGUUGUUGUCGAUACUAGCGGCUUGGACAAAGAUGCUCUCGAGGACUUUGAAGCCAUCUUUGGCCAUGGCGAAGAUUACGAUUGGGCCUUGCAGCUGGAAGACGAGGAAGAGGACCGCAAGCAGGAGGAGCGAACCCUCGAGCUCAAGGACGUUUUCGAGCCAUCACAGUUGAAGGAAAAGUUGUUGACGGAUGAAGACAACGAGAUUCGCUUCACCGAUGAGCCUGAACGCUUCCAAAUCGACAGGAAACCGUUCAAGGAUCUGCAACUUACACCAGAACAGUUCAAGGAGGAGGGGCGAUGGAUCAGCAAGUUGAUGCUUCCGCAAAAGAACCUUGCUCCCGAGCUGAGGAAUCCCUUCAGGCGAGCUGUCCAGAAAACGCUCGAGUUCUUCGUCUCCGAUGGUCUGGAAGUUCCAUGCGUUCUGCACCACUACAAGGACAACCUGCUUCACUACAAGCGACCCGAAGAUGGUGAUCAUCCUGGCGACGACGACGGCCCGCCUGCUCAACUGCUUUUGCUAGAGGAUCUUUGGCGGAUUGUAGACCUGGACCUCAAGUUUCGGUCGUUCGUGGAAAAGCGCAACAUUCUUGACAAGUCGUACCAGAACCUGAAGGAUGCCGGCAUACAGGAUGACGUCUUUGACGAGAUGGUUUACCGAGCAGAGACUAUCGAGGAACUUCAGGAUGUUCAGGAUUAUAUGCAUUUCCAUUAUUCGAGCCAGAUGAAGGAUCUCGCUGCUGCCGGGACCAUCAAGGGAGUCAAGAGGGUUGCCAAGUCAACAGGCGUUUUUGAGCGCGUCCGGAACAGUAGCGUUUACAACUUCGUCAAGGCAUACGGCAUCACUCCCGACAAGCUCGCCCAAAACGCUCUGAGAGAAGGAAAGAAGACUUCGGCAGAAGAUGACAGCAAAAUGCCACUUGACCUGGCCGACAGUCUUACCGACUCUUACUUUGAUACAGCCGAGCAUGUUAUCAAGGCAGCACGGUCCAUGUUCGCCGAGGAGCUGUUCUUGAAUCCUCGGAUGCGUCGCCACUUCAAGGUUGCCUACUACAACAUGGGCAUUGUCGACUGUAAGAGAACUGAGAAGGGUCUGCGCAAAAUUGACGAGUCUCACCCAUUUUACGAAAUCAAAUACCUGAUCAACCAAACUAUUGGUGAUUUGGCGAGACGGCCCGAAAUAUUCCUCAAGAUGAUGAAAGCUGAGGAGGAGGGACUUGUUGAGGUCCAUUUGUAUCUGCAAAACGAAAGGGAAUUCCGAAAGAACCUUUUGAGCGAAUUUCAAUCCGAAAACUUCAGCGAGAGAGCAGAUGCAUGGAACGAAGAGCGAAAGAAGGCUCUCGACUUGGCAUUCCCGAAGCUUGAGAAGAUCAUCACCAAGGGAGUGAAGGAGUCGCUUCGCACAGCAUGCCAAGACGAACUUCUAAAGAUCUGCCGCGAAGAGUUCUCGAAGCGUGUAGAUCAGGCGCCUUUCAGGCCCAAGGGGUUUAUGCUGGGGAUGACGCCCCGUUGCCUGGUCAUCUCCAACGGGAUGGCUGAUCCAAACCGAGAUUUACUUUGCUGGGCCAUGGUUGAUGACACAGGAAAGCUCGUCGAGCAAGGCAAAUUUGGAAGUCUUGGACGCGACGAGGCUGCACGCAGCGCCUUCGAGGAUGUGGUCGAGCGAACACGACCUGACGUCGUGGGUGUCAGUGGGUGGUCUGCGGACACACACCGCCUCGUGAAAGAUAUCGAGACUCUCGUCAACGAGAAGGGUCUGAUGGGUAACGAAUUCGACGACCCUGACACAGAUGAAGUCCGCACGGAGUUGCUAGAGGUUGUCGUCGUCAACGAUGAGACUGCAAGACUCUACAAGGACAGCGCCCGUGGUUUAUCUGACUACCCGAACUUGAACCCAGUAACUCGUUACUGUGUUGGGUUGGCCCGGUAUAUGCAGAACCCCCUCAAGGAGUACUGCUUGCUCGGCAAAGACAACACCUCUCUGGCCAUCCACCCCUGCCAAAACCUCCUUCCGCCAGCAAAGCUUUUAAGGACACUGGAAACGGUCCUAGUUGACAUUGUAAACCUGUGCGGUGUCGACAUCAACGAUGCCGUCAGCGAUCCCAGAGAGGCUGCCCUGUUGCCCUACGUUGCUGGCCUCGGACCCCGAAAGGCCACUGCAGUUCUUAAAGCCAUCAAUGCAAACGGUGGAGUUGUAAACACUCGGGACGAACUUGUCGGUGACCCCGACAGUGGAAAGCUCCAAGUAGUCGGUCCUCGUGUGUGGAACAAUUGCGCUUCUUUCUUCAUCAUAUCGGAGGAGCGUGCUCCCCCUGAUGCCGAUCCGCUUGACGGGACUCGCAUCCACCCAAUGGACUAUGAACUGGCGAGGAAAAUGGCGGCCGAUGCUCUUGACAUGGACGAGGAGGAUAUUAAGGCCGAAAUAGACGAAGGUGGCCCACCCGCAGUUGUCCGCAGGCUCUUUAAGGAGAACCGUCAAGAGACAUUGUAUGACUUGAGCAUGGAGGACUACGCCGAACAGCUUGAGAGACAGGGACUACUCAAGAAGGCGACGUUAUAUGCCAUCAGGGGCGAGUUCCAGUCGCCCUACGAAGAGCUGCGACACAGCUUUGUGCAGCUGACGCCGGACCAGAUCUUCACUAUGUUUACCGGAGAGACCAAAGACUCGCUGUGUGAACAGAUGAUCGUGCCAGUCAAUGUCCGGGUGGUCAAGGAGGACUUUGCGAUUGUCAAGCUUGACUGCGGAAUCGAGGGUCGCAUUGAGGCGCACGAGGUUUCCUCCAGGAGUACACCACGAGAGGUGCUCCAGACGGGGCAGACAACGCGUGCCAAGAUUUUGGAGCUGAACAGGAAAGACUUCAUGUGCAAGAUGUCUGUACGCGAGGAUGCACUGCGUUAUCCUUACCGAAAGAUGCAUGAUCACGACCGUGACAACUGGGAUUUCCGGCAGGAGGAGAAGGACGCAGCGGACCUGACGGAGAAGGAUGUCGUCACGGGCCGGGCGCAGCGUGUCAUCAAGCACCCGAUGUUCAAGUCGUUCAACUCGACAGAAGCGGAGCAAUAUCUUGGGUCACAGCCGCCGGGUGAACUGGUUAUCAGGUCAUCGUCUAAAGGCAGUGACCACCUUGCCAUUACUUGGAAGGUGGCCGAUGGUGUGAUUCAGCACAUUGAUGUUCUGGAGCUCGACAAGGAGAACGAAUUUGCGUUGGGCCGCACCCUCAAGGUGGCCAACAAGUACACCUAUUCCGAUCUGGACGAAUUGAUCGUCGAGCAUGUCAAGGCGAUGGCCAGGAAGGUUGACGAGCUGAUGCAGAGCGACAAGUUUCAGAAAGGGUCAAGGAGUGAUCUUGAACGAUGGCUCACGACCUACAUGGAUGCGAAUCCGACCCGGUCAACCUAUGCGUUUUGCUUGGACACAAAACACCCGGGAUAUUUCGUGCUCUGCUUCAAGGCAAGCCGGUCAUCAAAGAUCGGUUCUUGGAGCGUGCGUGUGAUCCCUGGAGCUUACGAGAUGAUGGGUAGUCAGUAUCCUGACGUUAGAGCGCUUUGCAACGGAUUCAAACUGCGGUUCCAGAGUGAAAUUUUGAAGAUGCAGUCGGGAGGGCAUCAUAGGGGAGGGAGGGUGAAGUUGGGUUGCAGCUCGUACAUCGUCCGUUGGGUCAGAGUCGAGGAUGGCUACACCGUCUCGUGGAGCGUGCAACCGCACAAGAAGUCAAUAAACUUCGGCAUCGUUAAACAUCCCGGCAGCGGCGGCACGAACCUAGCCACGACCGCAGGCCAAACCGACGACGCUUCAUCGACAAUCGAGACCUCUGUCAACGAUGGCUCCAACGACCUCAAGGGAAGCGCCAGCGGCUCCGGUGGACUCUUUAAGCGGGAUGCGAGCACCGCUGAAGAACAACUGUCCAAAAAGGGCUUCAAGAUGAUCAAGUGGCACGGCAAGUGUCCGGCGGACAAGGUCACGACAGGCACUUACGAUGUCGCAGCCGGGCAAGGUGGAAUGUACGGAAUGGUGUUCGACAAUACCUUCUCCAAACAGACGUCGAAAAACGCCACAAUUGUGCUCCUCACAUACCCGACGGGGUCCGCCCCGCAGCCCGGCCACACCCUCUCGAACCUCAAGGCCGGCUCCAAUGCCAGCGCGAGCCGAACGAGCCUCGGCCGCCAGUCCCACACAAGCCCCAUGAUCGGUGCCACCAACGAGAGUCUCGACAGUCUGCACAGCCAUACGCAGCUUCCCGGCCGCUCCCGUUCGUUGGCUUCCCAAGGAGGGGGUGGACCGUCGAAUGCACACACGGGAAUCCUCAUGAAGCGCAGGCGCAAGAAGGGCCAGGGCUAUGCGAAACGCUUCUUCUCGCUCGACUAUGCCACUUGUACCUUGUCGUACUAUCACAACCGCAACUCGUCCGCCUUGCGAGGUGCCAUCCCUCUCGGCCUAGCCGCCAUUGCUGCCGAUGAGCGCAGGAGGGAGCUCAGCAUCGACUCGGGCGCCGAGAUAUGGCACCUCAAGGCCCCCAACGACAAGGAAUUUGCCGAAUGGGCAAGCGCCUUGACGAGGGCCUCUCGGAUCGCCAGAGGUGCUGAACCACCCACUGCCGGAGGGGCAACGGGCAGUAAUUCCAAGCAGCAGAUUUUUGGCGGUCCAGGCGGCUCUCUCGCGCCGCCCAACAACCCGCAGGAGGAGGACCGGGAAUGGCAGCAAGUUGAAGCGCUUGUCAGCCGUGUGGUGGGAACUCGGGAUGCGCUCAGGAGGCUGGUCAAGGAUAUGUCGGUGCAGAACCACGCAGCGACAUCCCCACGACCCGCUACCGGAAACAGGUCCGUGUCUUCGGCCACGCCUGUCGCAGAAGAGGGUGAUGGGUAUUUCCAGGGCGUUGAGAAGAGGCCGUUCUGGAAGCGCAAGUCCAGUGCUGCCGUGACCACCCCACAGUCCUUUCACUCUGCGUCGACUGCUCUAGCAGUUCCGAGUCCAAACACUACGAGCGUUGCAGCAAAUGGCGGUUCUGGUGACAAGCGCAAACUCAAGACGCACAGCCCAAAUGAGCAGGGCAUGUAUGGCGUGCAAGAGAACUGCAAGGCCUUGCUUGGCGACCUGGACUCGGUGGUCUCGGAGUUUUCUCAGCUACUGGCCACGAGCAAGCGGAGACGAAUGCCUGUUACCCAGUCGGCUGCAUCUCGAAACAGCAUUGAGUCCACCUCGACGGAGGAGUUCUUCGAUGCUGCCGAGGGCACCGAGGGCCGUUCGGAGCUUCUCAUGAUCGACAACCAGAGCGAGGAAGAGUCACCAAAUUCGGAAGCAGAGGACGAAUUCGGCUCUGCCCAGGACGCUUCCGACCGAUCGUCUGUCUCUUCAGUCGGGGACGGGGACGACCUCACUCGCACUGGCACAGUCGAUAAUAGUAACCUUUAUUACCCAGCAAAACCCAAAUCUCUCGAUCCGCUCCCCAUAACCAUUACAAUACAACGCAGGCGUACCAUUCCGCCUGCAACCACCAUGCCCCCGAGUCUGAUUGCGUUCGUUCGUAAAAAUGUCGGCAAGGACCUGAGCACCAUAAGCAUGCCUGUUUCGUCCAACGAGCCGAUAUCACUUCUGCAGCGAAUGGCAGAGCAGCUCGAAUAUGCAAACCUUCUCGACACGGCGGCUAAGCAGAAGCUGGAAACAGACAGGCUUCUUUACGUGACAGCAUUUGCCGUGUCUCAAUUCAGCGGCAACCGGGCAAAGGAGCGUGCCGUUCGCAAGCCGUUCAACCCGCUCCUCGGCGAGACGUUUGAGAUGCUCAGGACGGAGUCGGAAUGCCCCGGUGGUGUGCGCCUGCUCGUCGAAAAGGUCUCGCACCGCCCCGUGCGGCUGGCGAUGCACGCCGAUGGCGCCUCCUGGAGCUUCGCGCAGGCACCUGCGCCCACGCAAAAGUUCUGGGGAAAGAGCAUGGAGCUGACCACUGAGGGCAAGGCUCGCGUGGUACUGAGACUGCCUGACGGUGGGGAGGAGCACUACAGCUGGGGAGUUGCGACAGUAUUCCUCCGCAACGUGGUCAUGGGAGAGAAGUAUGUCGAGCCUGUGGGCAGCAUGGCGGUCAACAACGAAUCGACAGGAUCGCGGGCCGCGGUCGAGUUCCGAACCAAGGGCAUGUUCGGUGGCAGGGGCGAGGACGUGCAAGUCGAGACGUGGGGGCCGGAUGGUGUGCAUACUGGCACUUCAAUGUCGGGCACCUGGACGCAGAGCCUACGCAAGGUCGAGGCAGGCAAGUCGGCUGGGGCCGAGGUGUGGAAGGUGGGCAGCCUGGUGGACAAUGCGAGCCAGGUAUAUGGCAUGACGACGUUUGUCGCCUCAAUGAACGAGAUUACGGAGCUCGAGGAAGGCAAGCUGCCGCCGACGGACUCGCGCCUGCGGCCUGACCAGCGCUUGGCCGAGCAGGGCAAGCUGGAAGACGCGGAGCACUUCAAGGUCCAGCUCGAGGAGGCGCAGAGGGCGCGCAGGAAGGCGCUCGAGGAGCGCGGGGAGCAGCACCGCCCCAGGUGGUUCGUCAAGGUCGCCGAGGGGCCCGAUGGGGACGAGGUCUGGCGAUUGAAGGGUGGCAAGGAUGGCUACUGGGAGGAGAGGGCCAAGGGGUCAUGGACUGGAGUCGAGGAUAUUUUCAAGCAGUAA